AUGGACCUUCUUCCCAGACCGCUUGGAUCAUCCACUCCAGAUAUAGAUGUCCCCUUAUUGGACAUUAUCCCCUAUACACAGCCCCAGGAUUUCUUCACUUUCGCUGAGCGGUAUGGGAUCGAAUCCGCGAUCGAUAAAAACAUCAGCAGCAAACGCCUAGCCACUAUAAUUCAAUCCUGGCUUUUCUUCGGUCUCUUGGCCGAGCACCUGGGCUAUAUGCCGAAGCUCAGCGACCUCACCAGAACUCAGAUGGUCGAUGGCGAUCCGACUUCCUGCGUGUCGCUUCAGAUUCUUGCAGAUUUGCCUUGCGAUGAGGAAGAUAGCGAUGACAAGGACGAAAAUGACGACGACAUAGCCCCGCGCGUACUCAAGUUUCUGGAAUUGGCCAAAUUCGCCAAUAGUCGGCUCAAUGACCUCGAAAAGUUACCCUGCGCAGCCACAAGCCCGGUUUAUUGA